AUUUCUCGACAUAAAAAAAAAAAAAUUGUUCAGUUGGUUUGUCGAGCUACGAUCGAAUAUUUGUGAUCGUUUCUGUUCACUUGGCCAUGAUGUUGAGUGCCGUUUCAAAGUGCCUCAGGGCCGUCAAACCUACUAUUUUACAAAAUGAAGUUGCCAAAGUAUCUGGAGCAUUGUCCGUAAACAAACGUGAAUAUGCUGCAGCUAAAACUCAAGCAAAAGCUGGUACAGCACAAGGACGUGUUGUUGCUGUUAUUGGUGCUGUUGUUGAUGUACAAUUUGAUGAUGCAUUACCACCAAUUUUAAAUGCUCUUGAAGUACAAAAUCGUUCACCAAAACUUAUUCUUGAAGUUGCUCAACAUCUUGGUGAAAAUACUGUUCGUACAAUUGCUAUGGAUGGUACUGAAGGUAUUGUACGUGGACAACCAGUAUCUGAUUCUGGUUUUCCAAUAAGAAUUCCAGUUGGUGCUGAAACAUUAGGACGUAUUAUUAAUGUUAUUGGUGAACCAAUUGAUGAACGUGGUCCAGUUGAAACUGAUAAACGUGCACCAAUUCAUGCUGAUGCACCAGAAUUUGUUGAAAUGUCUGUUGAACAAGAAAUUCUUGUAACUGGUAUUAAAGUUGUUGAUCUUUUAGCUCCAUAUGCAAAGGGAGGAAAAAUUGGUCUCUUUGGUGGUGCUGGAGUCGGUAAAACUGUAUUAAUUAUGGAACUUAUCAAUAAUAUUGCUAAAGCCCAUGGUGGUUAUUCAGUAUUUGCUGGUGUUGGUGAACGUACACGUGAGGGUAAUGAUCUUUAUCAUGAGAUGAUUGAAACUGGUGUUAUUUCAUUGAAAGAUAAAACAUCAAAAGUAGCACUUGUAUAUGGUCAAAUGAAUGAACCACCUGGUGCACGUGCUCGUGUUGCUUUAACUGGUUUAACUGUUGCUGAAUAUUUCCGUGAUGUUGAAGGACAAGAUGUAUUGCUCUUUAUUGACAAUAUUUUCAGAUUUACACAAGCUGGUUCAGAGGUAUCAGCUUUGUUAGGUCGUAUUCCAUCAGCUGUAGGUUAUCAGCCAACAUUAGCAACUGACAUGGGUACCAUGCAGGAAAGAAUUACAACAACUAAAAAAGGAUCAAUUACAUCAGUACAAGCUAUUUAUGUACCAGCUGAUGAUUUAACUGAUCCAGCUCCAGCAACAACAUUUGCCCAUUUGGAUGCAACAACUGUACUUUCACGUGCUAUUGCUGAAUUGGGUAUUUAUCCAGCUGUCGAUCCACUUGAUUCAACAUCACGUAUUAUGGAUCCAAAUAUUAUUGGUAAAGAUCACUACAAAAUUGCUCGUGAUGUACAAAAAAUUCUUCAAGAUUAUAAAUCACUUCAAGAUAUUAUUGCCAUCUUGGGUAUGGAUGAAUUGUCAGAAGAAGAUAAAAUAACUGUUGCACGUGCAAGAAAAAUUCAAAGAUUCUUGUCACAGCCAUUCCAGGUCGCUGAAGUCUUCACUGGUCAUCCUGGUAAACUUGUUCCACUUGCUGAAACAGUAAAAGGUUUCCAAAAAAUUCUUGCUGGUGAAUUAGAUCAUCUUCCUGAGGUUGCAUUCUACAUGGUUGGACCAAUUGAAGAGGUCGUUGCCAAGGCAGAAACACUCGCUAAAUCAUAAGUUCAUUUUUAAAAUAUAACAAAUCCUCUUGUCAAGAGAAUUUUAAAUUUUCAAAUAACGUAAAAAAAGAAAAAAUUGGUAAAUAAAAAACAACAUAAACAAAUAAAAAAAUUAAAAUAAUUAUAAUCACAUACAUAACCCAUCAGUCGAAUUAAUCUUCCAACAAGUUUAAAUGUUUUUUUUUUUUUUCGAAAUUUGUUGAAAGAUUACUUUGACGUUGAUCUAUCUAUGCAGUAAAUUCAUUAGACAUUUUUUUUUUUUUAAUCUGCAUUGUCAGGGGGAAUCGUUAACGUCGUAAUGUAUUCAUGACAAUUACGAAAUCGUAUUGUAUAUUAGUAAAAAAAAAAAAAAACAAAUCGAAAAAAGAAAAGGAAAAAAAAUAUAAAAAUUAAAAAAAAAAGUAUAAACAUUA